AUGAAUUACUUGCAUGAGAAUCACACAUUUGAUUUGGUGAAGUUGCCUAAAGGCAAGAAAGCACUCAAGAACAAGUGGGUGUUUAAAUUGAAUGCUGAAAACAAGAAUUCACAAUCAAGAUACAAGUUAAGGCUAGUUGUGAAAGGUUUUGGGCAAAAAAAAGGUGUUGACUUUGAUGAUAUUUUUUCUCUCACUGUGAAAAUGUCAUCAGUAUGUGUUGCACUGGGGUUGGUUGUAAGUUUGGACUUGAAAGUUGAGCAAUUAGAUGUGAAAAUGACAUUUCUCCAUGAAGCUAAAUACAUUGCGGUGACUGAAGCUUGUAAGGAGAUGUUGUGGAUGAAGAGGUUCUUACAGAACUUGGGUCGUGAUUGGGUACAAGAUCUACCGUCAGUUCUUAGAAAAUUUAAAUUCCAAAGGAUGCCAAAGCUAAUUGUCAAUUCGAUGAUGCCGUCUACAACUCUCUCAGCUUCUCUGAAUUUUAACUUGGACCUUCGCAAGGACAAGGACCAACUCAGCCAAAUACAGGCACAAAUGAUAUCCACAGGACUUAUUCACCAUCUCCCUGCUGCCUCAAAGCUUGUAGUCUCUUUUGCCUCAAAUCCCCUUGUAGAAGCCACAUGUAUCGCCCGUCUCAUCGCUGAACAAAUUGAAGGACUUGAUAUUUAUACAUGGAAUGCCGUCAUUAGAGGUUACUUGGAGGGAGAAUCUCCCAAAGAAGCUAUUUUGGUAUAUGCCCAUGUGAGAAGGAAAGGUUUGAAGGUGGACAGUUACAGCCUUAUGUUUGCCAUCAAGGCUUGUAGACUAAUAUUAGGGAUGCGGGAAGGAGAAGAGAUUCAUAGCCAAGUUUUCAAAAUGGGUUUUUUGUCUGAAAUAAUUACGCGGACUGCCCUCCUCCAUUUUUAUGGUGUCUUUGGUAACCCUGAAUCUGCACAACAGGUAUUUGAUGAAAGCCCUCGUAGAGAUUCAGCUCUCUGGAAUGCUCUUAUUGCCGCUUAUGCUCACAGGAGCUACCUGUACAAGGCACUCUCGGUUGCCUGUGCUAUGAUCAAUGACUGCGUCAGACCAAAUGGGGUGGCUGUUGUUAGUAUUCUUUCAGCUUGUUCUUCUUUGACAGCGCUGAGAGAAGGGAAAAUGCUGCAUUGUUAUGUUCUUAGAAACCUCAUUGAUGUUGAUGUAUUCGUUGCCAAUGCCUUGAUAGACAUGUACUCGAAGUGCAGGUGUUUGUUCAAUGCUCAUCAGCUUUUCCAAAGAAUGCCUAUGAAAAAUGUGAUUUCGUGGACUUCAAUCAUAAACGGUUAUAGCAAUAGUAACUUCCCAGAUGGUGCUUUGGCUCUGUUUAAAGAAAUGGAGCGUGCAAAAGUACGACCUGAUGAAAUUACCAUGUUGGGUAUUGUUUCUAUGUGCUCUAAGUUGGGAAGGUUUGAGCCGGGGGAGUGGAUUGAUAAUUAUGUUGAGAAAAAUGGAUUUAAGAAAGGGAAUGUUUGUAUGGAAAACGCUCUCAUGGACAUGCAUGCCAAAUGUGGUAACAUCAAGAAAGCUUGUCAAAUUUUUGAGCAGAUGGAGAAGAAAACUGUAGUAUCUUGGACCAGUAUAAUACAUGGUCUAGCACUGCAUGGUAAGGGGAUACCUGCUCUUCUUCGGUUCUCUCAGAUGCAAAGGGAGGGUUUCAGACCAGACUGCAUCGUCUUCCUUAGCAUCUUAUCUGCAUGUAGUCAUGCUGGUUUGGUGGAUGAGGGGCGUAAAUGUUUCAAAUCCAUGAUAGAGGAUUACAGCAUAACACCAUGGAUGGAGCACUAUGGAUGUAUGGUAGAUCUUCUAUGUAGAGCAGGGCUGCUUGACGAUGCUUUUGAGUUUGUGGGAAAAAUGCCAAUAAACCCGGAUGUGAUUGUGUACCGUAUGUUGCUUGGAGCAUGUAAAAACCAGGGUAACAUCAGUCUAGCAAAGCGAAUCAUGAAUUACUUAACUGAAUUAGAGCCGAGACAUAGUGGGAAUUAUAUAUUAAUGUCAAAUUGUUAUGCAUCCAUGGGUGAGUGGGACAAUGCCAAACAAGUGAGGACAAAUAUGGUAGUAAGAGGAGUAGUUAAACUAGAUCCUGCUUGUAGUGAGAUACAAGUAAAUUGA